UGCUCAGACCUUCACAUGCAAAAUAGAGCUGCGUGGUGCUUGAACUCUUUGUUCAGCUAUGCAGUAGUGAAGAGGAUUAACUCAAGCCAAGCGCCAGUUUUGGCAUUUCAUCCAUCCCUUGGCUGACGGAGAGAGACUACCAAAAGCUACCUCUUUGCCUCUCUUCAUCUAAAUCUCCUCUUUACUCCCUUCCUGUUCUCUUUUUCUCCUUCUGUCCUUUUCCCCACUCUUUUUCAAUUAUGACUCUGUUAUCAGAAGAUCAGUCUGUGAGGCCCCAACCCUGCCGGGUCUCUGAGCCUGGCAAACACAUCAGCACUUCUCUGCACCAGUACUCAACAGACUGCAAUGGCAGCAAUGUGGACUAUGUAGAUAGUGUGGAAGACUCUGUCUUUGGAGCUGUGGAGCCUCACAGGCGCUCUCGGGGGCGCCUUAUUCUCCACGGCCUGGUCAUGUUUGGAAGGGAAUUCUGCUAUGCCGUGGAGGCAGCUUUUGUCACGCCGGUGCUCCUGAGUGUGGGCCUGCCCCAGAGUCUGUACAGCUUGGUGUGGUUGAUCAGCCCCAUCCUGGGCUUCCUGCUCCAGCCCAUCAUCGGUUCAGCCAGCGACUAUUGCCGCUCGCCGUGGGGCCGGCGGAGGCCUUACAUCCUGGCACUGGGCAUCCUCAUGCUUGUGGGAAUCACCCUGUUCCUUAAUGGAGAUGCUGUCAUCUCAGCACUCGUCAGAGAUAGGUCGCUGAAGAGCAUAUGGGCCAUCGUGGUGGUGAUGUUUGGAGUCGUGCUGUUUGACUUUGCUGCCGACUUCAUCGAUGGACCCAUUAAGGCCUACCUGUUUGAUGUGUGUUCACAUGAAGACAAGGAAAGAGGCUUGCACUACCAUGCUCUCCUCACAGGCCUGGGCGGAGCAUGUGGUUACCUGGUGGGAGCCAUGGACUGGGGUCACUCCGUGUUGGGCCGUCUCCUUGGAUCCGAGUACCAGGUCAUCUAUUUCUUCUCAGCGCUGACCUGGGGCAUCUUCCUCACUGUGCACCUCUUCAGUAUUCCAGAGCAACCUCUGGACAAGGCACCAUCUCCGUCUAAUUCACCAUCCAGCCCUCUUCGCCUACUGAGCUCUCAUAGCAAUAGUUAUGGAGCACUUAAGGAGCCUGUCUCUCCUGUAGUCUCCGCAUCUGUCACAGAUCUCAGGCCCAGAUCCUUCUCAGCCCUGGGAGAAGCCAAUUCAGUGACCUCAAGCGUCAAACAGCCAAACAAAGAGGACCAGAAGAAGAUGACGUUCAGGUUAUUGAUAAAAGCUAUCGUCAAUAUGCCAAGUCACUACCGCUGCCUGUGUGUCAGCCACCUGCUGGGAUGGACAGCGUUCCUCUGCAAUAUGCUUUUCUUUACCGAUUUCAUGGGACAGAUCGUGUAUAAGGGGAAUCCGUACGCCGAUCACAACUCUACCGCCUAUGCCACAUAUGAGAGGGGAGUAGAAGUUGGCUGCUGGGGAUUGUGCAUUAAUGCAGUGUCCUCUGCUCUCUACUCAUAUGUGCAGCGCUUCCUCCUCUCAUACAUCGGACUGAAGGGAUUAUAUUUUAUGGGCUACCUUGUGUUUGGAUUGGGCACCAGCCUGAUUGGCCUUUUCCCCAAUAUCAUAGCAACGCUCGUCCUCUGCAGUGUGUUUGGUGUUAUGUCAAGCACACUCUACACCAUCCCAUUCAACCUGAUAGCGGAGUAUCAACGUGAAGAGGAGCAACAACUGAAGCUGCACGGAAGCAAUAAAAGUCCUCGAGGCUCGGGAAUGGACUGUGCCGCCCUCACUUGCAUGGUCCAGCUGGCUCAGAUCAUCGUGGGCGUGGGGCUCGGUGCUCUGGUCAACGCGGCAGGAAGUGUGAUCGUGGUGGUCCUCUCGGCUUCGACCAUGUCUCUGCUCGGCUGCAUCUUCAUUGUCCUCUUCAUCAGAUACGUGGAAUGAAUGAUUCUGCUCAAAUGCAAAUUUUAAUGAUAUUGUUUUAAUAAACAAUGAUUGCUCAUUAUAUCAUCA